UGUUCCUGUUUGGGCAGUUACUUUCAAAUCGAAAAUGAAAGUGCUUCACUGGCAGGGAAGGACGUCACUCCCUUUUCAGUGUUCGAAGGAUAUACCAGAGACUGUAUACUCGAGGUUUUGUAGACAUGGCACAAACACAUGAGUCAUGGAAAAAAUUCUUUGUGUGGGAAGCAGGAAAAACAAAUGGGGCCCAACUUCCAGUUGUUCAAAUGCUCAAAAGUAUUGGACAAACAGACGUGACCUCUGCAACGGAAUGUGACUACCUUCUAGUCUUCUGUCCUGUUGUUUCACGAGUUGGAACGGACAUCGGCGAGGCCCUGCACAACAUAACUCCUGGCAAACCAGUAAUACUGGUAGUGAUGCAUCACACCUUCAAUCCUCACCAUGUUGUAGCUGAAAGCCGGAGGCAGGUGGACAACCCAAAUGUCCACCUAACUGUGGACUGUCUGUUUCAUGAAGGCCGUCUCCUCAAUUGCAACCUCAAUGAUACCAUGUCGAGUGACAUCAAAAGAUUUUUUGGUUCUGAAUCCCCAGCUCCAGCCUUAAUUCACAACUUGAUGUCUUUGUGGCAACGCAUCCCAAGUUUCUUUUUAGGUUUCUUCAUCUGGAAAAUAUUUGGACUUUGUUGCUCCAGUAUUUGGAAUUUAUUCAUGUCGUAGCCGGAAAGCCUGUAUGCUGCAACCUUCUACACCAUUCAAGUCAUUGCCAACUGCAUCAACCUUUUUGCGGAUGUGCACAUCAGGUUGUGUGGGAGGUGACGGCACUGAGUUAAAAUGACUUUUCAGUUACAAUGUAAAUUCCUGUACAAGUCUAAUUCACACAUAAGUUAGCAUGGUAGAAAAGGAUUUCUUGAUGUAUGCUCAACCAUCCUGGUAAGUAAAUCCCAAAAGGUUGAUUCCACAACCUUAUAAACAGCACAUUUGCAGUCAUUGUGCAAAUGUACUGUUUAUAAAGUUGGGGAAACCAGCAGUCAGCUGAGACUGAAGAAGUCACUUGGAUGGGUGAUGAAAAUGUUUUUUUUUGAAAAUGCUACGUCCAGAUGAACGGAAUCAACCUUCUGGGGUAGAGUAACAUCUAGAUGUUGGUUGUCCAUGCUGUCUCACCAAAAUAAAAAGAAUAUUUUUUUUGUGGUCACUUUGGUUUCUCCCUCUAAAUAAUGAGGUUAUUUAAUAUUGUACUAGUGUUUAUAUCUAUUUUGUUCAUGAACUGAUAAAAAAAGAGGUAAAGGAAAGGAUACAUGACUAUGCCUAAAUCUUUGUUUACCUAUAUUCUGUCAUUUGUGCGUGAGUGGUAAAAAUAACAGAUAAGUUACUCUUCUGUUUUCAUUUUAC